UAGCAGCCAAGUAGUCCACACACUGUGGCAGUGACUGAGAGAAAAUCACAGUGUACUGAGUGAAGUAAUAGGAAAAGGCUGAGAGAGAGAGAGAGAGAGAGAGAGAGAGAGAGAGAGAGAGAGAGAGAGAGAGCUCAUUAGAGACAGGCAAAGGGGUUGAUAGGCAUCAGUGGCCAUGGUUUUGACUUAGCAUAGAUUGCCUUAGUAUUAGAUUAGAAUUGGAUGAUUUGUCCAAAGGUCCCAGGAUUGGAUGGGGUUUUUUUUUUUUAAAUGUACAGAAAUCCUUGUAGUUCUCUGUGUGGUCUCGCUUUGAAAUCCAGCACAGCUUUCAUGCUCUGACAACCAUGGAAUUUGAUUUUAGGAUGAUACUCUGGUCAAGAGUCUUUUCUCUGCUCUGAAUGUAACCAAUUCAGCUCCUUCAAUAAGCCAUGGACUGGAGUGUAUAGUCAUUUGAACUGAUAGAGCUCUUCAGUUAAGACCUCUGUAGCUUGAGAUGUCAUCCACAUAACAAUGAAGUGAGACAGCAGGCAGUAGGCAGGAGGGUGUCAAAAUAAGAGUCCACCCUUCCCCCCUACCUUUGACUACCCUCUUGCACAUACUCUGAGGAUGUUCUCCAGGAACUGCUUCAAUGGACAGGAUGGUGUUGGUGCCCCACAGUAUGGGCGCCAUAAACACAAGUCAACUGCGCCUAAAAAGAGGGCUCCCAAUCCCAGAGUUGCUCUCAUGCUCCGAGGCAAAAUUCAUCGCCUUCUUCAGGGGUCUGGAGAGCAAGCCUCUCAUAACCCAUGCCCAUAUUAUGCUGGGAUCCUGGAGGAGGAUGAAGAGGAGGAACAGGAAGGUCCAGAGCCAGACUUGAGGAGAUGUGGGUCUCAGAGAGAGAGAUAUGGCACACCUGAAGUUGCUAAUGGACAGGUUGCCAAAGAACACUCUACUCUAACGAGUAUGGAUUAUGUAGGUGAGGUGGAGUUAAAUAGAGAAGGGUGUGUUCGCAUCCCCUGUACCCUCCAGCAUGGCAGCAUUGCACAGCCACUGAGAUCACCGAUGCCAGCUAUGGCCAAUUUCAAUGGGUCAAGAUAUUUGGAAGAGAUGGGCUCAAAUACUGGAGCAUCUUUCAGCUUCAGUGCAGUCAGGGAGGACAGGAUUGUGGAGGAGGACGAGGAGGAAGAGGAAGAAGAGUCCAGUGCUCUUGUUGAGCACAUCCUGAAGGAACUUAGAGGGAUCAAUAAGAUCCAGGCGGAGAUCUCAGACUUGAGGGAAUACCUCACUUCUGUGCGUGGAUCAGUAGAUGAGGUAUCCAGCUGCGUUGAAGCAGUGCUUAUGGAAAUAGAAGGCAUGCGCUCAGGGACAAAACCUGCCAUAGACUCUUGGCCAGGGGCAGUGGGGCUCAAGGAGGGGGGUUCUGAUCUCUACCAUGAAAAGUGUAGCAGCUCUUACGACCCAAGAAUGGAUCAGUCUCACAAAGCAGAGUCCUUAUGUGCAGCAAGUAAUUUCCAGUCACAAGAAUUCAGUGUCCAUGAUAGUCAGUACAAAAUGGCCCUGAAUCAGCUGUCAGAUGUUAGGAGAUUUGGCUCAGUGUACCAGGAUAUGUGCAGCUCAUCCAAUAUAGAUUCUCCAAACCCAGAUGUCCACGUGCCACCUGAGCUCGACGCGUUUGACCAAACCUCAGACAUCCUCCCUGGCACCAGGGUAAGGAAGUUGAGCUUUGGAUACAUGGAACGCCAGGAUGGACAAGACUGUCCCAGCCCCAGCUCUCUGUCCUCAGGCCAGAGCUCCAAGUCCGAGUACGAGCCUGACCGGCCUGAGCCGAGGUGUCCAGGCGCUGCACCCGAGAACCAGGGUUGGAACCAGAUGGGCUUCCCUCGCAGCACGAGCGGGGAAACAGGCUGGAGUGAGGAAGACGGGUACUUCAGGCAGGGCAGUUUUGAAGAUGGCGAUGGCUGCAUAGAGCGAGAGGAAACUUGGGAGAGAUGCAGAGACGAGGAAGCAGGCAGCACGCUGGGGCGCUCAUCUGCCGGCAGCUCCGAUCGUCUGUCCUUCAGUUCCAGUCGCCAUUACAACUCUCCUGCAAGCACGAGUAGCCGAGAGGAGUGGCUGUCCAACAGAAAGACACAGAAACAGAGGGCACAGAAACAUGAGGCAGAAUCCACGGGUAGGUCUACUGAGGACCUCAUUUUGGAAUGCAGUGGAUCCGCCCAUUACAUUACAGAAAUGUAUAAAAGUGAGAUAGGAGAGCUUGCCCAUUCUGGUAACAUAAGUCAUGGAAUUGCAGGCACUCAGAUAAGUCAGGGCAGACACACCACCCAGUCUUCUGACCAGUCUUCAUAUCACCAGACCACAGAGGCUUUGUUGGUCAACCAUUCACACAGUGGAGAUGCUGUCCAAAAGGCUUCAACCGUAGAGGGGGUAGAGAAGAGCAGAGCCACUUCAGAUCCCAGUGUUUCCAGCGUUGCACCAUCAGAUCCUUCCUAUGGCAACACAGGUUUCAAUGUGAAGAGGAUUGGCAGAGCAGUGCUGGAUUUCAAAUCAGUUUUGUGGGUGGCCCUCAAGAAACUAGAGGGAGCUCAGUCACCUGGGGACAAGACUGAGGAUCCCCUGUCCACUUCUCCAAGCAGUGAGACACUAAUAGAGACCCCAUGUGUUGCUACACCUGAUGAGGGGAGUGAUGUCCCUGAGGGAAUCAGCAGUCCUCCCAUACCAACACACCUGACUUGCACUGCUGAGUCAGACCCAGUGGCUCAACCGGCACGUGAGGUCCCCCAGGAGCAGAGCUCUGAUCCUGCUGAGGACCCACAGUGUGCUGGGGUAGAACCACCAUGCAGUGGAGCUCAUGCUGCCGCAAGCCCCCCGGAUGGCUCCUCAUCACAGGGCUGCUUAACUGACUUAGUUCCCUGUUCACUGCCCUCUGCAGAAGACCAUGCACAGCGUGAGGAAGAGAAAGUUUUGCAGUCUCCCGAGGAGAUCCCAGUAGAUGCUGAUGUGAAAAUCCCCGGGGCUGUUAGUGCAGACAUCUCUGAACAUUUUGAGGAAGACACUAGUGCAGUAGUUAGUGAAGAAGCACAGAACACAGAAGCAAGUGCAGACACCAAUACCGACACCAGUGCAGAUGUGCAUACGGAGAACACAGAUGGAGAUACUAGCAUAGAUAGCGGCUUAGCGGGCCCGGUGGAGGAGACAGAUUGCCCUCAGGAGCUAAGCCAGAGGGACGUGCGACGGCUGAAGUGCAUGAGAAGUUUUCAGCAGAUCCUCAGGGAGAAGAGAGAAAUCCGUCGAAACCUUACACUCAUGACAAUGUCCACCUUCUCGGAGGAGGAUUUUAUUCAAGAAUCCAGCCGAGAGGAAGAUCAGGUUACUCUUUGCCGUUUUGUACAGGAACUCCUGCUGCUUUUUUCUCAAAGUUGUCACUGCAGUUCAUUAUUUCCCCCCAAUCCCCUGCAUGUUUUUUGACGUACUUCCUGUUGCAAAUGAUUGGUGAUUUUUUUUACCCCAACCCCACAUCCAGAAUGAAUGACAUGAAUAUAAUUUUUCAUUUGUUUCUACUUAUGUUUUUCCU